AUGGAUUUGAACGAUCUGAAGAAUCAGGUCUCCAACCUGACCUUGUAUGACCUCAAGGCUGGCUUCCGAAAGGCACAAAAUGCUGUCAUGAAUUACACAGAGAUGGAGGCCAAGGUGCGAGAGGCCACGAACAACGAGCCCUGGGGCGCAUCGUCAACUACGAUGCAGGAAAUCGCCAAUGGCACGUUCAACUACCAAACACUCAACGAAAUCAUGCCUAUGAUCUAUCGCCGGUUCACCGAAAAGGCCGCCGAAGAGUGGCGCCAAAUUUACAAGGCCCUACAGCUGCUCGAGUUCCUCAUCAAACAUGGCUCUGAACGGGUUAUCGACGAUGCUCGCGGUCAUUUAACACUACUCAAGAUGCUCCGCCAGUUCCAUUUCAUUGACCAGAAUGGCAAAGAUCAAGGAAUCAACGUUAGAAACCGAGCCAAGGAGCUUGCGGAUCUUCUCAGCGAUGUAGACCGCAUCCGAUCCGAACGUAAGAAAGCUCGUGCUUCAAAGAAUAAAUACACCGGUGUCGAGGGGGGUACAGGGGGCUUCUCUUCUGGGGGUUUCUCCUCUGGGGGCUUCUCCUCCGGCAGUGGCGGCGGUCGCUUUGGGGGAUUUGGCAGCGAGUCCGGCGGAUAUGGUGGUGGCGGCAGCUCUACCAACUUUGGUGGCUUCUCCGGAGGCGUAUAUGGUGAUGGUGGAGGCUUCGGCGGGCAGACGAGCGAGUAUCGCGAGGGUGGAGGUCGAUCGGAUGGAUUUGAGGAGUACGACGAAUUCGAUGAGGAUGACCGACCAGCAAAGCCCGCCAAGCAAGAGCGGGCAAGCGCAAAGAAGCCUGAACCAACGCCCGAACCACCCAAGAAGCAGCCUGAGGUCGAUCUGUUCUCCUUUGAUGAACCGGCGCAGUCAGCACCGGCACCAACGAACUCGGGCUUCUCGGCCUUGGCUGGUCCAAGUUCGGCCGCUGCACCUGCUCAAAAUGACGACGAUGAAUUCGAUGAUUUCCAGUCGGCCGCACCCGCUGCUCCGGCUGUUCAGCAGACCAAGCCAGCUGCUUUCGCCCAACCUUUACAGCCGGCCGUGACCUCGACGGCCUCUACCACGGCCCAGUUUGCUGCGCCACAACCCCAGUCCGCUCCACAGCAAUUCAACAUCAACCAGAUGGUCAGCAAGUCCUCCAUCUCACCUGCGCCUAGCAACUCUGGCACCCCUGGAGUCAACUACUCUGCGUUCAGUGCUCCGCCUGCCGCUGCUCCCGCCCAAGCAAUUCAGCCAAAGCCUGCUGGGUACCAGCCCUCGGGGCCCAACUAUUUUGGCACAGUCAGUGCCCAAAGCAGUCAACCAACUCAGACAACCAACUUCUCCAGCUUUUCGUCGAUGUCCAACAGCAGCAACAACGCCCCAACCACGAUGGCCAACAUGAAGCCAGUUGUCAGCUCCGCUGCGAAGCCUGCUGCUCCUGCGGGUGGUGACGCCUUUGGUGCAUUAUGGGGCAAGGCUAGUGCCGGUAUCAAGAAAGGCGAGACGUCAGCCCCAGGCCCGGCAAUGGGCCAGCUGGCAAAGGAGAAGAGCAGCGCCGGCAUCUGGGGUGCCCCAGCUAGCUCAAUAGGAGGUGCUCCAGCCAACACUGGCUCUGCCUCCGGUGAUUUGCUCGGCUGA